GCAAAGAGGUAAACUAAUCUCAUCCUGGUUGCGGGAUACAUAUCUGCGCAAGUGGCCUUAGAAAAAGUAGCAAUGGCGUCACCAUCAUUGCACUCGCUUCCUGGUGGAUUGGCGGUUGCAACUAAUUCAUUGUAUUCCUGCUCCAAUUUCCUACCAACUCCUCCUCAUUCGUCUCCACCGCGCUCCAAUUCUUCUCUCAUCACUCGCUGUCCCAGAAAUUUGUGUGACAGGAAGACAAUGUCAACUUCAGCUCAAGCUUCCUCAUCGCUUCCACCUCUCCCCGAAGAUCGCAUCGUUCUAGGUUGCGGAGCAGUGUCGGUGGACUUCUUGGCUGCAGUGGCCUCUUACCCUAGUCCGGACGACAAGACUCGUAGCACCAGCGCUAAGCUGCAAGGAGGGGGAAAUGCAGGGAAUUCUUUGACUUGUGCUGCUCGAUUGGGACUGAAGCCGCGGCUGAUAUCCAAGGUUGCUGAUGACCCCCAAGGAAAAGGGCUAAUAGAGGAACUAGAAGCUGAUGGCGUUGACACGUCCUUUCUUGUGGUAUCAGAAGGAGGCAAUUCUCCAUUCACUUAUAUUAUUGUUGACAACCAAGCGAAAACUCGCACUUGCAUUCAUACUCCAGGAUACCCGCCCAUGAUACCUGAUGAUCUUUCAACUUCUAACUUGUUAGCUGCUAUUAGUGGAGCAAGGCUUGUAUAUUUUGAUGGAAGAUUACACGAAACUGCUUUGCUUGUUGCACAGGAGGCAAAUCGCAGGGCAAUUCCUAUCUUAAUUGAUGCAGAAAGGAAGAGGGAGGGAUUAGAUGAUCUCUUAAGUUUGUCUAGUUACGUUGUAUGCUCAGCAAAAUUUCCACAGGAGUGGACUGAGGCGCCAUCUAUCCCAAGUGCCCUUGUUUCUUUUCUUUUGAUGUUGACUCAUGUCAAAUUUGUCAUUGUGACAUUAGGCAAAGAGGGAUGUAUAAUGCUGGAGAGGGGCAUGACUGAAAAUGCCCAGUCUGAAGAAACAGAUAUAGAUGAUUUAUGCGAUAUACUGAAGAAGAAAAAAGAUAGUAAUAGAAACUCGCCAACAUGUAUAUCCUCGGGUGUGAAGAAGUUAUGUGCGAAGGGGAUUGGGACUGUGACUGGAACACUAUUUGUUGGAACAGCUGAGAAUAUACCUCCUGGAGAACUUGUUGAUACAACUGGUGCUGGAGAUUCAUUUAUUGGAGCUACACUUUAUGCCAUUUGUGCCAACAUGCCACCAGAAAUAAUGUUACCCUUUGCAGCUCAAGUGGCAGCUAUUAAGUGUAGAGCAUUGGGCGCUAGGACUGGAAUUCCUUAUCGUACAGAUCCUCGUUUGGCGUCUUUUUUAGUUGCUGGAUCCCAAGAGGUGGCCGCAGUAUAGGAGUAUUGUUUAACAAAAGCAUAUCAUCGGGCCGUCGUCUUGGGUUUUUCAUUCUCGUGUUUUUUGCAGUGUUUUGGUGGACGGAUCUCGUCCUUUUGAUGUUAGAAUACUUGCAAUGAUAUGGCAUCCUUUGGAAGGAUGGGCAAAAUAUAUUGAGAAUUACGUGGAUUUUUUUUUACUAUUACAGAUCUGGUACUUGUUUAUUGCA